GAACGACAAAAGAAGUAUGGCUGAGAAAUGUCAAGGUGUAACUGUCCUCGUGCUAUAAGGGUUGCUCACCCGGCGCGGCUGGCCAAGGAGGGGGCUGCUAGCAGAAAGAGCCUGAGCGCGGGCCGAUCAGAUCCGUCACUGGGCGGAGUGCAGCCUGCGGCCUGAAGGACUCAGGGUUUCCCCAUGAUUCCCACUGUGACCACAGCUCGCCGCAGACCGUGGGGGAACGCACACUGGGGACACCGCCCGUGCGCUCGUUCCUAUUCCUCUCUGCCAAGUCUGGAGCAUUGCGAGAUUUGCCUUAUUCCCUGGUGGCUGUGGUGAGGCAAGGCCAGGCCGGCCGGCCCCCCUCCCCGCCCCGCCCGCUGCCGCGCCUGGGGUGCAGGCUCUCCCCGCCCUCCCGCCGGACGCCACCAGAGCGGCAGGUGUAGUCCAGAGGCAGCGCGCGGGUGCAGUCUCCAAUUUCCCAGACUCUGACGGCCUCCAUUCCUCGAUUUGACCAGAUUUCUUGUUCUGCACUAACUGCCUGUGGAUUCUGGCUUCAAAACCUGUUCCACAGAGAGCUCUGAAUUUUAGCUGGGAAGAAUAUCAGCUUCUUGCAUUGGGGACUGCUCGUCAGGCCAGGUCUGCCCCGCAGAUGACAGGAUGGCCUCCUGGCCCAGGAACUGCAUGGGACCAUGAACAAAGCAGACACGAACCUGUGGAUCCGAGUAGCACCAGUUGCAGCUGGGAAGUCAUUGCAGGCUCUUGGUCCAGGGUUUGGCAAGAGUUUGAUCUGAUGAUGGCAGGCUGGGUAAUCUGGAGCAGUCUCAGUCUGCUGCGAGUGCUAUGGUGUCUCCUUCCACAGACGGGCUACGUGCACCCAGAUGAGUUCUUCCAGUCACCCGAAGUCAUGGCAGAGGACAUCCUGGGCGUGCAGGCUUCACGGCCCUGGGAGUUUUACCCCAGCAGCUCCUGCCGCACGGUGGUCUUCCCACUGCUGACCUCUGGCUCUGCCUUCUGGUUGCUCAGGCUCUGGGAAGAGUUGGGGCUGUGGCCUGGCCUGGUGAGUGGCUAUGUGCUGCUGGUGGGGCCCCGACUCCUCCUCACCACCCUCUCCUUUGCUCUGGAUGGGGCUGUGUACCACCUGGCCCCACAGUGUGGGGCGGAUCGCUGGAAUGCCCUGGUCCUCCUGUCUGGUUCCUACGUCACCCUGGUUUUCUACACAAGGACCUUCUCCAACACCAUCGAGGGACUGCUCUUCACGUGGCUGCUGGUGCUGGUGUCCCCUCAUGUGGCAUGGAACCCCACACCCAAGAAGCCUACCCCAUGCCCAUGGUGGCACAGCUGGCUUCUUGGGGCCAUUGUGGCUGCUGGUUUCUUCAACCGGCCCACCUUUCUCGCCUUUGCUCUGAUUCCCCUCUUCGUCUGGGGUACUCGUGGAGUCAAGGACCCUGGCUUCAAGUCCCUGAUCUGGGAAGCACUGGUGCUGCUCCCUGGGGCAGUACUCACUGCAGUGGUAUUUGUGGUCACAGACAGCUGGUACUAUUCCAGCCUCUCAAGAUCCAGUAGCCUUGUCCUUACACCUGUCAACUUUUUACACUAUAACCUGGAUCCUCAAAACCUUGCAAGGCAUGGCACACAUGUGCGACUCACUCACCUGGUAGUCAAUGGCUUCCUGCUCUUUGGGGUGCUACACGCCCAGGCACUACAGGCUGCUUGGCAGCAGUUCCAAGUCAGCCUCCAGGCGUUUGCACAAAGUGGCCUCCAGAGGGCGCCGGGGGCCCAGAGCCUGCUGUCCAGCCCCAGGUCUUACCUCCUUCUCCUCUACUUCAUGCCCAUGGCCCUGCUGUCUGCCUUUAGCCACCAGGAGGCUCGAUUCCUGAUUCCCCUUCUGGUCCCUCUAGUCCUGCUUUGUAGUCCACGAACCCAUCCUGUGACUUGGAAGGGGACUCUGGUCCUCUUUAAUGCCCUGGGUGCGCUCUUCUUUGGCUGUCUGCAUCAGGGAGGCCUGAUACCUGGCCUAAAGUACCUGGAGCAGGUGGUCCAUGCACCUGUGCUCCCAGGCAUGCCCACCCACUACACCCUCCUCUUUACUCACACCUACAUGCCCCCCCAGCACCUCCUCCACCUCCCAGGCCUGGAGUCAUCUGUAGAGGUGGUGGACAUGGGUGGAAAUGAGGAAUGGGUACUGUGCCAAGCCCUUAAUAACCUCACCAGACAACCAGCUUGCCAAGUGGCUGGUGGACCAUGGCUCUGCCGCCUCUUUGUGGUGACCCCUGGGACCACCAGGCAUACUGUGGAGAAGUGCAACUUCUCCCUCAAGAAUGAGACACUUAUGUUUCCCCACCUGACUCUGGAGGACCCACCAGUCCUGUCUUCUCUGCUGAGUGGGGCUUGGAGGGACCACCUUAGUCUUCACAUCAUGGAACUGGAGGAGACACCAGACACUAUGACAGAGCAGCCACUGCCCAAGAUUCAGUUAUAGAAUCUAUGCUACUCCACUUGUAUGAAGGCAGCUGGGCUGUGACAUUGGGAUGGGCCCCGGUCUUCCUUCAGGAUCCCCACUGUUGCUUCUUCUGGGCAUAGCCAAUGGUUGUUCUGACCUCUGGGUAAACCCACACUCUUUUCCUUAACCAAAGAUCUGACCAGUCACGGUUCUGAUGCCAAGGUCCCCAAAGAAUCCUGGUGUAACCAAUGGUACUUAAUGUCUAUUCCUGCCCUAUGCCUUCCAGCCAUUGUAAUGUUUUAAAUAUAUACUAGCACCUGGUUGUGAAAAGAUAAUUCACCUUGAAUGAUAUUUCUGAAUGACCUCUCCUAAACUUUCCAUAAUACCCUCUUGUCAUCAUGAGUCCUUAUCCUUCUAAGGAUUGUCAUGUUGAGGCCUUCCAGACACCUGAGAGACUCUGGUGAAGGAGAAAUUAGGUGGCUCAGAUUCAUGAAUUCAAGUUCUAAUUCCUGGUCUGCCACUCGAUGACUUUUGAGAAGGCCCCUUCUACUCAUCCAGCCAUCUCCCAAUCUGUACAGAUAAGAGGAUUCCUGAGAUGUCUGUCAGCUAAUACUGUCAUUCUUGGAACCCACAGCACAUGUCCCCUGGAUCAAUAGGCAUGUCUCUCACAAAGUUUUUUGAACAAUUUAAUGGCACUUUGGCCUACUGUCUCAAUGGUUGGUCAUUACCAAAACAAGUCAUUCUGGAAAAUUUUCCACAACUCUUCUACUUCUGUCCCUGAGAGGUGGUGGGAAACUCUCCAGUCAUUUCUAUAUCUUACCUUUAAGAACCAUUCUCCCAGGGGCUGGAAGCAUAGCUUAGUGAUAGAAUGCCCGUUUAGCAUGCUUGAGGUCUUGGAUUCAAUUCCCAGCACACCCACAAAUUAUUCUCCCACAAUGCUGUAUCUGAGGCCCUCUGUCUGCCUCAGUGGGAACUGAGAACACACAAUGCUUUAUCAAUAAUGGUAACCAGUCUAAAACUUUUCCUAUGGCUUCAAGCUUUCUACAUUGCAUGAUUAACUGUGUAGCCUAAGUAGAGAUGAUCAGAAAUUUAGCUAGAAGACUCAAAGUGACGGCAUUUCCCACUUGAUAGGCAGAAAUAUUCAUGCCUGGUGGUACUGGGGAAGGUAAUUUCUCAGAAGCAGGAUAAAUGCUGCAAAGAGCUGUGAUUAAGGACACAGAGUGAAAUGCCUGUGCUCACACCCCACUCUGCCAGGCUUUUGGGGACCUAUUUCCUCAUAUGAAUGUGCUUGUAAGAAGUAAGAUAAGUCGCAGAAUGCAAUUAGCAAGGGCCAGCACAGAAUAGCAUUUAAUGUGUUAACUAUAUUACCAUGAGCCUACAGCCCCCAGGAUUCCCAAUCUAUCUUGUCAGAAGUAUCACACUCAUGCCUUUUAAUCAGCUCCACACAUUUAAUCAGAGAAUUUGGCAGCUGCAGGGUCGUCUUUCAAUCCACGAUCUUCCCGGAAUCAGUACCUGGCUGUACCAGUGUUGCCGCAGCAGCAUCUAUCAAGAAUUUUAGUUCCAUUUGCAGAGGGCAGGCGCUCUUUUUGGAUGUGUGUUCAUGGCUCUCUGUACGUGUUAUACCUGGGUCCAGCCUACCUGUCAAUCUUUAGAAUCUUUCUCCACAUUGUUCCCUGCUCAAUCACGGGAUUUCGAUGAAGAUGUAGGUUUGGCCAGAGUUUUUAAGAGCUGGACGUCUGAAGGACGGUAAUCUGAACCAGGAUUCGAAGCUGUGUGCAGUGCCUGGAUGACUGCUUAACGCCAAGAUCGGUGUACCGCACA